AUGGCGGCAAGUGCGUCUGCUGCCUCGGUGGCAAACACUUUUGUACCCGAGCACCUCUUUAUCGAAGUUGUCACCCUCGUCACCAUUACCGCAAACGCAGUCGGAUUUAGACGCAAUCUCAGGACGUUGAAUCGUUCCGCUAACGGAGGCAUCAUUCACGCGCUCUGCGUCGACGGUAUGAUCUUCUACCUGGGCAUCAUCUGCAUUCACGUCGCAGAGGUCACCACUUUCUGCGUCGCACCACUUUGA